AUGGAUGAUGUCAAGAAGUAUGGCGCUGCCGGCACUUUGUCCUACGUCAUCACCGAGUUGCUCUUCUGGGCAAUUGCCUUCCCCACUGAGUGCAUUGUCUACCUGAACACUGCUGGCCACUGGCCCGACUUCAGCAAGCCCGAGGAGCUCUGA